CUUACCAGGGACAUCCGUAGCAUGAAAAUAUUUCCAUCGGGCCCUUCAAUACCCAAUUCAGAAGGCUGUUGAUCAGGUCCGAUAAUCAAACAGCCUCACACCGAUCUGUGAUUUCCAGCACAGGAACCUGCGAGAGGCUCCCCCGGUCGCCGAGAGCGCGCGGGUGUCUGUCAGCCGCCACUGGUUCAUCGUCUGCUCGGUAUUGAAUGCUGCCAACUUGAGACGAGAUCACUAGCUCCGCAUUGCAUGACGGUCCCCGGGAAGUGUAACUUUGGUCUUGAGUCGCAAAGUUACUGUUAUCUUCUGCUACUCAAACAGUUCUGUCAUAUGGGCGUCUUCGAUCAGUGGGCAGCGGGCGAGGGAGCUCGGUGGUAGUCAAACAUUGACGUCUGCUAGCCAACACGUCUGUUUGGUAUCGUGGUCUGUCUACACUUGUAAGUAGCCGUUAUGACCAGACGGACAUCGGAGAAAUACGGGGUGGUUUUUACAGUGGCGGGAGAUGAUACAUGUGACAGUCAGGAGGAGACGUGUAUAACGUUCAGGGACCCAAACCUCACGGAGACUUCCCGGACUGUUCACGGGGGGUCGGAGAGCCCGGACUCGCUCCCCUCCCCGUCCCACUGGAGGGAAUCCCACGAGUUCGGGAAGGUUCAUGAGAAGCAACGGGAGACCAGAGAGAGGUGUUUGUGUUGUCUUUUCUGCUUCUUCCUCCUGUCCACGGCCAGUCUGACCGCUCUGGUCCUCCUUUUGUACACUGGUCACUUCAGUCUAAGUGACCACCUCGACCGGCCUUCGGCUAACGGGCCCCCUGGAUCGUCGUCUCUUAACGUUACGUACUUAGGGGAAGGUCUCGCCAAGAAAGCGCCUCAGGUUUGCAAGAGUCCGGAGUGUAUAGAGACAGCCGGCAGCGUUCUCGCCAGGAUGAACCUGUCAGCACAACCCUGCCAGAAUUUCUACAGUUUUGCAUGCGGUGGCUACAUCGCCCGGACACGGUUGACGUGGAACAAAACUAGGAUCCGUGAGAUCCCAGAUGAACUGCCCCACAGAUACAAGACAUACCUCAUAGAUACGCUGUCCAGUGGCCAGGAAACCAGUGACAGUCCUGCCUUGAAGGCUCUGCGAGCGGUAUUCAAGUCAUGCAUCUCCAGAUCAUCAAGGGUCGAUGACGUCACCCGAGUCACAAUGACGGAAUUCUUCCACUCCCUGGGGGGUCUCCACCUGACGAACAACACACGUGACAGCAGUUUCGAUAUGACGUCAUUGCUGGCUAACGUGACGCGACUGUAUGGCGCCACGCCCUUCUUCAAAGUUCUCGUGCACGGACCUAGCAAGAUAUCGCUUAUCAAUCGCUACUCGGACCACAUGCUACAUCUCUUGCGAGGCCUAAAUGACGAUGUUGGAAGUUUCCAGUUUCUCCGACCGAGUGACUUCAUACCAAGAUAUUCUCAGAAGAGCAAGUUGAGCGCUUUCAAGACGUUACUGUGGUCGGUUGUGUCGAUGUUGACGGGCAGUCGAGGAGAUGGCGCCGCCAGGGUGGCUGUUGAGGAGGUGUUUUAUUUCCAGCUGGAGCUCAACAAGGUGUUGUACGACGACGACAUCGACUGGACAGAGGAUGACGUCAGAGCCUGUUGGAAAGGCCACAAGUCUCCCAUUCACACACUGGAGACCAACUUUGGAGGAUACCAGCUCAUGUGGUCGGACUUUCUCAUACGGGUACUUGGCGGUGUCGACAUCAACUCCGUCACUGUCUGCCACAUCCACCUUAGUGCGGCCGUGCAGGAGCUGCUCGCCAACACCCCGUCCUACGUCCUCAAGCGCUACAUCCUCAUCCACACACUCCUUAACACCAAGAUCUUCACUCUGCUUCCCAAAUCCAUCUCCUUACGGCGGCAGCUGAGCAUGUUCGGGCGAUAUGGUCAAGAAACAGGAACCGUAGAAGAACAGUGCGUUCAUACAUUGACGCAGCUUCUCCCGAACUCCUUGCUAUGUGAGACAAGUCCGUCUCGGUUUAGUCACGCCCAAUACACCAUGGAGACUGUGUUUUUCAAUCUGAAAAGGUCCUUGUCCGAGACGUUAUCCAUCUUGUUUGGAAUAACUUCAGAUGAGACCUAUAAGAUUGCCAACGAGACGGUGUCUAGUGUGUCGCGCCAGUGGCUGAGCGUGCUGCCCUUGCAGGAGAGUGAUGUCCGCCUCGGCCAGCAGCAGCCGUCUCAUCAGUCGUACCUGGCUAACUUUAUCGGGCUGAUCAAGCUGAGGACGCUGCGGUACAUGAGGGGGGAGGCGCCACGACCAUACAACCCCGUUAUCCCCAGCGUCCUCGGGGUGCUGGCGGGAUGCAAGGAGCUGGGGUUUCCAUAUGGCGGUGUGUGGUUCCCCUCCCCAAACCCCUCCUACAUCCACUACGCCUCCCUCGGCACCUACCUCGCCCGCGACAUCUCUGACCAGCUCGACAUCCAGGUGUUGCUGGACCACUACGCAGACGACAUCCUGAACGACAGCGCGGUUUUGUACCUCGCCAUUAGGCUUCAGUGCCUUGUCGACCUCUACAACAAUUUCGAAAUUCUCCGACAGGGCAACACGGUGUUCAAGGUGAGUCCGACAGGGCAACACGGUGUUCAAGUGAUGAACCUGUAG